UACGUAGUGUGAUGAAAACGUGUUACUAACCCCGUUCGGCGAUAAUCAAAUUAAUCUGAUUUGGAUAUUCGAUACAUAUCUUGGACUUCCGAGACACCUACGGUGCCAUUACGCACGAGCCUCUUAUAGUCGAUAAACGUUUUCCUCGCUGCCUUGAGGCACCACUAACCAACGAUUAGGUAUUGGUGUUUCAACAUACAAUAUCUGAAUUACAACGACCUCAAUGCAAAUCUGAAAGGGGGAUAUGCACAGCAACAGCGACCAGAGUUGUGGAAAGUAUUUGUAUGUGAGAUCACGGAGGUUUCACGGUGAGCGUCUCGUCAUUUCAAAUUGACCUAACUCUGCUGGGUUUGAUCGCUGCUUGGUCAAUAGGAAAGAUACGGUUCCGCACAUGGACUGAAGACUCUGACAUUCCACUAGUAGCCAAGAUAAGCUUUACGUAGCUACCAGCUGGUUGCUAAGAAGGGUUAAACUGUAUCUAAAGGGAGUUGGAAAACCCAGCCUUUUCUUCCACACGGAUCAACUCAUUGGGUGGGAGCUGAGAGAGAGACAAGAGUCCCCAGCAAAUCAGGACCUAAUUGAUUAAAGAGACUUAAUUUGAAUAGGGGGCUGGCGAGGUGCCAAUCGCCUUUCAAAGAACCCUCUUAUGAUUAAUCGCAAAGCAUUAUUGAUAAUCAUAACAGGACAAAUGCGCUGUGGAUGGACUCGAUUUUUGUAAUUUUCAGCAGAUUUUGUAGUAAUUUUUUAUUCUUUCUUGGCUGAUGUGUGAGCCAGCAUGUCGCGGAGGAAACAAGCAAAGCCGCAACAUUUCCAAUCGGACCCUCAUCUGGCCUUAUCCAAGCACAAUGGGGACACAGAAGAGCCCUGCUCGGAGGAAGACCCCCCCUGCAAGGAGUCAGAUGCCCAUGUCUGUAGCAGAUGUUGUGCUGAGUUCUUUGAACUAUCAGAUCUUGAACAACACCAGAAGAAUUGCACUAAGAAUCAAUUAGUUCUGAUAGUGAAUGAGAAUCCUGCCUCCCCUUCCGGAACCUUCUCGCCUGGCUCCCCUCCACAUAAUCCUGAUGAGCAGAUGAAUGACACGGUUAAUAACACUGAUCAAGGGCAGUGCAGUGACCUUUUGGAGCAUAACGCUCUCGACAAAGAAGAAUCCAUGGACGUCGACGUUUCCGGAAUCAACGCUCAUCCUGGCCACGACAAUGAUGGAAGCAGCAGCCACAUGGAGGGAGGCAGUAACAUCAACAUGAACACGGGCGAGGGAAAUGGCCACAGCUCCAGCAGGAACAGCUCCGGACCAGCACCGGGCACCUCGACCGUCUCUGCCCCUCAGCUACCUCCACUCGGCAACCUGACUGACCGGGGGAGCAUCUCUAUGAUCAACAGCAACGUCAUCAUCGAAAACCUGCAGAGCACCAAAGUGGCUGUGGCCCAGUUUUCCCAGGAGAUGCAGCGCUCCUCUGGGUCUGGGUCCGGAGGACCCAGGGUGGCAGUGCCGGCCCUGAUGGAGCAACUCCUGGGCCUGCAGCAGCAACAGAUCCACCAGCUGCAGCUCAUUGAACAGAUCCGUCACCAGAUCCUGCUGCUGGCCUCCCAGUCCCCUGAAAUGCAGGUGCCCCCCAGCAUCUCCACACCAGGAGGCUCGUUGGGGCCGUCAGCCAACCCACUGAUCACGCUCAGCUCCCAUCUCUCUCAGCAGCUGGCUGCAGCUGCGGGCUUAGCACAGAGCCUGGCCAGCCAGUCUGCCAGCAUCAGCAGCCUGAAGCAGCUGGCUGAAAGGGCGCAGCUACCUCAGAGCAACAACCCCAGCAGCGGUGAAUCAUCUCAGAGCAUCAGCUCACUGGGGUCGUCCACAGUCAACAACGCCCAGUCGUCAUCUGACAAGAGGCCAAUACAUGCGAUCAGCAGCAACCUCCACUCUCAGCUCAGUAACCCAUCACACACUAAGUCAUCCAUACCAGCCUUUGGGAUAGGUAGCCUGUUGAACCCUGUAACUAAUCCACAUCUACCUCAGCCCCCAUCUGGAAACCCCCAAUUUUCCAGCUCCCUGCCCAGUAUUUGCACCACAAUGGAGGACCUCAACUCUCUGGCUGCGCUGGCCCAGAGGAAAGGCAAGCCACCAAACGUAACUUCAUUUGAACCCAAGAGCAGCUCAGAGGAGGCGUUCUUCAAGCAUAAGUGCAGGUUUUGUGCCAAGGUGUUCGGGAGUGACAGUGCCUUGCAGAUCCACCUGCGAUCUCACACAGGUGAGAGGCCGUACAAGUGUAACAUCUGUGGAAAUCGCUUCUCCACACGCGGUAACUUGAAGGUCCACUUCCAGCGUCAUAAAGAGAAGUAUCCACAUGUUCAGAUGAACCCAUACCCUGUCCCCGAGCAUUUAGACAAUAUUCCAACGAGCACCGGCAUUCCAUAUGGUAUGUCAAUGCCUCCAGAGAAGCCUGUGACCAGCUGGCUGGACAGCAAACCUGUUCUCUCCACUCUGACCUCGUCAGUGGGCAUGCUGCUCCCACCAACCAUGCCCAGCCUGCCGCCAUUCAUUAAAAAAGAGGAUCAUUCGGUAGCCAUAACCAGCCCCUCCAUUUCUACAAAGACUGACUCCGGUCGUGACGCUGCUGAGCCAUCAAUAAAAAGCAACGACGGGUUGUCUGAAGAAGCUGCGGCCCUGCCUACGUCAAACGGGAAAACUGAAGAGGGCAGUCACUCGUCGAGCUUCAUGGCGAGCGUGAGCUCUGAGUCUGAGCGCAACACAGAAUACACAACCUCCAACAGCCCACCUAUGAUGACCAACCCUCUCAUGCCCCUCAUGUCUGAGCAGUUCAAGGCUAAGUUCCCGUUCGGGGGCCUCAUGGACCCGCUCCAGGGGUCGGAGACCUCCAAGCUGCAGCAGCUGGUGGAGAACAUCGACAGGAAGUUGACGGACCCCAAUGAGUGUGUCAUCUGCCACCGUGUGCUCAGCUGUCAGAGCGCUCUGAAAAUGCACUACCGUACUCACACUGGAGAGAGGCCCUUCAAGUGUAAAGUGUGUGGCAGAGCCUUCACCACCAAAGGGAACCUGAAGACCCACUACACCGUCCACCGGGCCAUGCCUCCACUCAGGGUCCAUCACUCCUGCCCCAUCUGCCAGAAGAAGUUCACCAACGCAGUGGUCCUGCAGCAGCACAUCCGCAUGCACAUGGGAGGGCAGAUCCCAAACACUCCACUGCCAGACAGCUACCCUGAGUCCAUGGGCUCCGACACAGGCUCCUUCGAUGAGAGGAACUUCGAUGAGAACUUUGAUGAUCUGGACAACUUCUCUGAUGAUGAUAUGGAGGGGAUGGAGGGAGUGGAAGGGAUGGAAGAUGGCCCUGACAGCAGCGUCUCAGACACCCCUCAGUCAGCUGACGCCUCCCAAGACAACCUGUGCAAUUCCCCCUCUCAACCAGAGAUGGUCGUCCAGGACGGGCAAGAUAAAAACCAUCAUGCCCAUCACAACGCCUACCACAAUACCCACCAUGAUAUUGACUAUAGAAUCCACCACAACAACCUCCAUAACAAUCAGCAUCACAGCCACCAUGACAACCACCAUAACAAUCAGCUUAACAACCACCAUGACAAUCAGCAUCACAGCCACCAUAACCCCCACCAGAGACUGGUAGAGGAGCUGCAGGCCAGCAAAAUGAAGGCCAUGGGGAACAGAGGUUCAAUGGAAGGGGACUGCCUCACUAACGACUCCUCAUCCCUGGGUGGGGACAUCGAGAGCCCGAGUGGCGGGAGUCCAGCCUUGUCAGAAUCUACCUCUUCCAUGCAGCCCCCAUCCCCUACCAAUGGGCACCCCCAACAUCAACGUAAAUCCCCCAGCUUGGAGGAAAGACAGGAGAGACAGGAGAGGCACCAGAGGGCUAUGUCCCUGGAUCACAUCAGUGCCAGCCUCAUGCAGCAUCACCCUUCUAGCAUCGGGGCCCUGGACCUGACAUCCUGCAACCCGUCUAAAGACCCACUGGGCAUGCUCUUCCCAUUCCGUGAGCGCGGCACGUUCAAGAACACAGCCUGUGACAUCUGUGGGAAAACGUUUGCAUGUCAGAGUGCCUUGGACAUCCACUACCGAAGCCAUACCAAAGAAAGGCCGUUCAUUUGCACGGCCUGUAACCGGGGCUUCUCGACCAAGGGCAACCUGAAGCAGCACAUGCUCACCCACCAGAUGAGGGACUUGCCCUCGCAGCUCUUCGAACCCUCUAACACCAGCCUCUCCUCCAGUCCGACCCCCUCCCUCCUCUCUGUGAACUCUCUGUCCUCCAUGAUCAAAUCAGAGGUCAACGGCUUCCUCCAUGGCCUCCACCACCACCAGGACCACCACAGGGACCACCACAUCGACCAUCACAGGGAACACCACAGGGAACACCACAGGGACCACCAGGACCGGGAUCACCAUAAGGACAUGGCAAGCAACAUGCCCCACGGCCUGGUGACCACCUCGGCCUCUACAUCCCCAGUGCUCUCGGCCUCUGCACCUCUACGCCGGACACCCAAGCAGCACUACUGCAACACUUGUGGGAAGACCUUCUCCUCCUCCAGCGCUCUGCAGAUACACGAGAGGACCCACACUGGGGAGAAACCCUUCGCCUGCCACAUCUGUGGUCGGGCUUUCACCACCAAAGGAAAUCUCAAGGUUCAUAUGGGCACACACAUGUGGAACAGCGCCCCUGCCAGACGCGGCCGCCGGCUCUCUGUAGAUGGCUCCAUGGCCUUCCUGGGCACCAACCCUGUCAAGUUCCCAGAGAUCUUCCAGAAGGACAUGGCAUCUAGGUUGGGCAACAGAGACCCGGCUAGCUUCUGGAACCAGUACGCUGCAGCCUUCUCCAGCGGCCUGGCCAUGAAGACCAACGAGAUCUCUGUCAUCCAGAACGGAGGCCUGCCGUCUCUGUCGGGGAGCAUGGGAAACGGUGGCAGCUCACCCGUGGGCGGCCUCACAGGCAACCUGGAGAAGCUGCACAGUACAGAAUCCAGUGCCGCUCUGGCUGGCCUGGAGAAAAUGGCCAAUGCCGAGAACGGGACCCACUUCCGAUUCACACGUUUCAUGGAGGACAACAAAGAGAUUGCCACCAACUAGAUACUUUUUCCCUCUCAUAUGUACACAGAGACGCACACACACACACACACACACACACACACACACACACACACACACACACACACACACACACACACACACACACACACACACACACACACACACACACACACACACACAUAGUGAGAGAAAAGAGAAAGAGAACAGGGCAAAGACAAAGAGUGACUUGGCUUUGGCUUGCCUUUGAAACUUUACCAACAUGAGUGUGAAGAGAAGUUGCUUUUUUGUACAAUGUACAACAUGUUAUAGUUUUAAGGAGCUUAUUUAUUAGUGAUUAUAACCUUGCUCAGAACCAAGUGGAAGCAUUAACGGUUAGUUUUUUUCUGUUCUACAGCCAGAAUGGGUAUGAGCUGAAAGUAAGUUUUUGAAACUUUAGCAUAUCUUUACCUUGGCAUUAAGUUAUUUUUGUCUGUAGUAUAUAGAUAUAACACAACUGUUGAUGUUCAUGUGAUGCAUUAGAUCUGUAAUAAGUGAAACAGAAUGGCUGUAAAUAAUGUACACUGAUCUACUCUAGAUGGUCUAACAGAUGUGUAUUAACGUUCCCCCUUGAAAAUAAUCAUUGAGACUUCAGGCAAGGGACUAUGAUUACACUGUAGUCCUUUCCUUAUCAACCGCUGUUGAUCUUUUAUUUAAGGAAAAAGCAAGCAUUCGAGCAUUUCAAGUGUUUAUUUAGAGUUACAGUAGGUCUAACCUGUUUUGUUUAUUAAUGUUAUUCUAUGUAUUGUACUUUUUUUUCUUUCUUCCAUAGUUCCAUUUUUUUUCUUUAUCUUUUUUGUUUUGUUGCUUUUUGGUGUUAAGUUUAACACAAAACAGUUGUGUUGUUAGAGGAGAUGAUGAAUUCGGAGAGGUCCACUUCCUGGUUUGAACUGAGAAGAGAGCCAAUCAUGUGGGUGGGAUUCUCCUAUAGGUCAUCUGCUGGAUUUCCACAUUGCUGCUAUGUCCUCAGCAUCCUCAUUGGCAUCAAGUGCAACAUAUGUGUUGACGUCUGUGUAAAUAUUGUGAGACGUGGGAACUAGAAAUUCCAUCACAACAAAAUGUACAUAUAAAGCUCAUAAGACAAAGUCCAUCUUGGCUAGGGGACAAAUGAUAGUGUUUUUAUAAAUAUAAAUAUAUAUUAGGUUUGACAACCUUCGGACUGUUACAUGCACUUUCCUGGAAAGUUGGAAGAUCUUUAUGGGUCCAGUUUCUCUACACUUUAAUACCUACUAACAACUAAGAUACUGUCAUUCUUUACUCUAUUAUUCAAAUACAUCCGUUUUCCAAAAGAAAA